AUGUCCCGGCGAGCACCGGCGGCGAAGAAACAGCAGACCCUGCAAUUUGUCACUAUAGACCCCUCGUCUGAUCAGGGAAGUUCUCAUAUCCGUCGGAUAGUACGGUCUCAUGCGGGAGGAUGGAUAUGGCGACAACUUCGAGACAGUCAAGAUAAUCCUCAACCAGACCCCGAGGAGGAGGAGGAGGAGGAUGAACUUGAGGCUGGUCCCUCCGUGCGAGAGGAGAGUCAGGGUCGACGUCAGUCGACUUCUCAACCCAGGAAGCCGAGUCCUUCGGUAGUGGGGUCGUUAUGGGAGGCACCGAGGGAGUUUGCUCCCGAGCUCGUUCAAAGAGCUGGCAAUGGGGGACGUCCGAUGCAAUUGAGCAGAGUCAGUUCUGAAAAGCUGGAUCCGUUCCAGAGUUACAUAUCAACAUCACCUCUACCGAGCGGACUCGUUAGCAAUUCAAAUAAAUACUGCCUAUCGGUACUUUGGCCCGGCCUCAUGCCAAGAUCCUCCUUAAUCGGGGGCGCCCCUCACGCAGGCAUUGAAGGCUGGUUCUCAAUUUCCCUCGGCCACCCAGCCCUCCACAGCGCAAUGUUAUUCGGCUCAUACUCGCACCGCCGAAUAAUGUGGCUGCAAAAACGACAAAGCGACUUCAGCGCCGAAGACGAGAAACAAAUGGCGAUCUGUGAAGCGGAUUCCAUCACAAGGAUCAAUUUGGCCAUUCAGAAUCUGUCCGAGGCUCUCACCGAUGCGAUUAUCCUGUGCGUUCUUUGCAUGGCGAAUAAUAAGAAUGAACCUCCGCUGGGUCCGGAUAACCUGGAGUCACCGUUUCAAGCGCCACUGCGUAGUUUGCAGUGGCUUGAUGUGUAUGGGCGGUUGAAGCCGCAUCCUGUGCAUCAGAUUGGUUUGGUCCAGUUGGUGCAAUUGAAGGGGGGCUGGAGAAGAUUAAGCUACCUGGGCUUGCUGGGCUCCGGCGUUCUAGGUGCUAGCAGGUUAUUAUCACCGCCACUUUUCUCGUACAUCUGCAUUCACGAAGGAGAAUACCUCACGUUGCGGGAUAUCAUCGACUCCCAGCACCCCGUACCAACCGUGGAUCCAAACCUCAUCGCCGAACUACCCAUCACCUAUGACAUGCAGGAAAUCUUCCGAGCAGCGCGUGCAUAUUUCGCUCUGGUUGACAAAUACCAAGAUGGGAUUCACGUACCGCUAGACACAUUGGCCGAUUGUCGGAAUUUGAUCCAAUGGCACAUAAUGUCGUUAUUGUCUGGAAGUCAGCUGGGUGCAAGAUUAAUAGAUGCCUACCCUCUAUAUGAGUCCUGUCGUCUGGCACUGGUCAUUCUGGGCGUGUCAGUGAUUUUCCCACUUCCCCCUCAGUCUGCUCCGCUGUUAGAAUUGUCUCGGAUGUUACAGGCAGAGCUCCAAUCGACCAAGGAUUUUGCCAAGGUUUAUUCGUCGGUGAGCACGAAACUUGUGUACUGGUGUUUGGUUCUUGGUGGUAUCGCUGCAACUGGGUCCUCAGAGAGACGGUGGUAUGUCGAGGAGAUCCGGCGCCUUGCGGGGCCGUAUGGUCUGCGUGAGUGGGAUAGUAUGAAACAAGAUUUGAAAACGAUAUUGUGGCUGGAUAGGGCAUGUGACUUUGGUGGGAGGUUGUUGUGGGAGGAAGCGUUGCGUUUGCAGUGA